AUGAACAGCCAUCCUUCGCCCAUAGAGCAUAUGGACGUCGAAAGGAGGUCGUCGUCGCCCAAGCGCAAGAAGGUCCGCCAAAAGUACGCGCCCAAGGCAUGUGUAUCAUGCAGGCGGUCGAAGCUCAAGUGCUCCGGUGAAAAUCCAUGCCAACGAUGCAUGGACAACGGCAAGCGAUGUUUCUUCUCUGAAGACCAGACAGCGGCCGAAGCCCUGCAAAACCUCAGUCGACCGACGCCCGCCCUUCAGUCGCAAGCCUCCAACACCAGCGGCAACGGCAACAGCAUACCACGAAGAACUCUGAUGCCAUCCGACAAUGGCACGGAGCGGAGGGCGAGCGAUGCCAGUACACGCGGCAUGAGUAUGGAAGCACGCAUGGCCCGCAUCGAGGCUAUGAUGGAGGCUCUUAUGCGCGACCGAGGCCUGGCCAUGACACCAAUGGGCAGCAUAGAGCGCGAAGACAACGGUAGUGAUGGCUUUCGGGGCGACGCCGCCUUGUCUGUCCCGCCGCUGGACCCCAUCAACCCAGCCCUCGCCUUCAUGGGACAGCCUUCCCUCUUCUCACACGAGCCGUCAGACUCAGGAAACUCGGCUCUGCCAGGCCCUGGCCCUGCAUUCAAUGGCGAGCCACCGCAUCUCAUACAAGUGGGCAACAAGAAGUUGCCCUACCCCAGCCCGGCGGAUUACCAACAGUACCUAGCCUCAUUCUUCACCGACAUCCACCUGUCUCAUCCGUGCAUAGAUGAAUCCGAGUUCCGCGGUCGCAGCGAACACAUGCUAGCGAGCACCACCAUACCCCUACAAGACCACCAGUUCCUCGCGCUGAACUACAGCAUCUUUGCUUGCUGCGACAUACUGCUCAAUGUCGCGCCAAUCGAUACUGGCAAACCGAAAGGCUGGCGAUGGCUUGAGCUGGCCGACGACCUCGUCGAUAAGAGGUCACUACUGAACGGAAGUGGCGAUCUGACACUGAUACAAUGCGUACUAUUUCAGGCUAUAUACUAUUCUUACGCAGAUAUGCCCGGUCCGGCUUACAACACUAUCGGUGCCGCUGCCAGACUCGCGUUCCAGUCGUCUUUGCAUCAGCAGUCUACAUGGACAAACAUCACAACCGCACAAGCAUACGAGCGUAUCUGCACAUUCUGGAACGUAUUUGUACAAGACCGCUUCAUCUCGUUGACCUUCGGACGCCCGUAUACAAUCCAUGAGACCGACAUCCAAGUCGAGGCACCCGCGGAUCUGUCCGAAAGGGCGAUGCUAUACAAGGCUGAUGAGAUCGAUCCAAGACGUUUCAUUGAUCACUAUAUUCACUACAUGAUACUCUGGGCACGCUAUGCUGACAACAAUAUUGACGGUCGUAGCCUCGAUGGCGCAACGCAGGAGGUCAUUGACAGGCAGAUCUCAUACUUCCUCGAGCAGGAUUUGCAAACACUAGAAAUUCCUCAUGCCCAGCCAGUCGGUGCGACCGUUCCGCCUCUAAAAGUUUUCAUUACCCAGAAGAAGACCGACUUCGUGCUCUGGGGCUUACGCUCCGUCAUAACCUCUCUCCAAUACGACGACAAUCAUGCUUCUCACUUCAGCAAUCUUGCAGUCUUUACUGUCAGCCGAAUGGCCACGUUUGCUCAAGACAUCCGACAGCCUUUCAGCCUUCGACACCGCAUGGUAUCAUCUCUCUCGAAUGCUCUACUCGUUCUUUGCUCUCUCCUUGUACGAAACGUCGCUGGGAGGAAUCAAUCCCACGUUGAAGCUUUUCGCGAUGCUUUGGCCUUGCUACGCGAUCUCGCAUAUAGUCUGCUAUAUGCGAAGCGUGUCCUAUCUGACUUUGAGAGUCUUGUUGACAUUGUCGAGGAAGUUGUUGACGGAAAGGCUGUGCCGGGGAAUGUCGCAGAGCUGUUCCCCUAUAGAUCUGCGAGCCCUCCUUUCCGCCUACCACACGCCCCAGGAACAGCGAGAGGCAUCGAGGGGACUCAUGCGGUCGGUAAUGGUAAUGGUAACAGUAACGGGCCUGGUGAAAAUGGGUGUGGCGUUUUGUGGCUCUAA